AUGUCCAUGACCUCUGCAAUGGAAUGGGAAGCUCCAAUCCCCGCCUGGAUCGAGUCCAUCGAUAUCGAUAUUGACGAGUUACCCGUGUCCGACUUGAUGGUCUUGAUCCCUGGUGACAUGGAUAACACUCCUGAACCCUCUACCCCCAAAGGCCACAGCUUUUUGACCUGCUCCACCGAGCUGCACUCUCCAAUGGGCGCGUUCAUCGAUGACGUCGCAAUGCUUGAAACUGAAUCGGCUAUCGAAAUGAAAUCUUCGACUGCACCGAAUCUCAGCCCCAUCAUCAAGAGCAAAGUCACUGCUAAACCAGGACGUCGAUCUGGUCGUAAGGCCAGCGUAGACCCUUCCGGUCGCGACCAGCGACGUAAGGACAAGCAACGGGGCUACGAGACAAACUACCGCAAACGCCAAAAAGAAAAGCGUGAAAGGGAUCAAAUCGAAUGGGUUCAACUUGAAACGCAACUUCGAGAGAUGCUGGUCAAGCGUACGACGUAUAUCGUCGUAGGGUCAGGGUCGGAUGACCCAGAGAUGAGAAUUUCCACAAUCUCGAUGCGUCAGCGAUACCUAGAGCUACUACAAGAAGAGCGAGCACUAAGAGAAUCCGAAGCUCUUGACAAUUGUGUCUGGGCUGAAACCCAAGCAAUGACGUUUUGGGGUGGCGCUAAUAGUAAGACGCGAGAUAUUCGCGAGCAGAUGAACACUCUUCCGAGUCUACGAGGAUGUCACACAUUUACGUUUUCAUGGUGA